AUGCAGGCGGUGCGUCCGGCGGCGGAGACCGCGGAGGAGGAGGUCGGCCAGGCGCAGCUGGUGAGGGAGGAGGCAGCCGAGGCCGAGGUGAAGAGGGAGGUGGCGAAGGCUGCGGAGGAGGUGGAGGCGGCGCCGGAGGAGAAGGAUGUGGCCGUGGUCGGGGAGGAGAAGGCUGAGGAGGAGGGCGAUGAGGAGGCGGAGGCGGGGGCGUCGGCGAAGAAGAACCGCAUCCAGGUGUCCACCAACAAGAAGCCGCUCUACUUCUACGUCAACCUCGCCAAGAGGUACAUGCAGAACUACGACGAGGUUGAGCUUUCUGCUCUGGGAAUGGCCAUUGGCACUGUUGUGACUGUUGCUGAGAUCCUGAAGAACAAUGGCCUCGCCACUGAAAAGAAGAUCCUGACAUCGACCAUCGGCACCAAAGACGAGUCAAAGGGCCGGCUUGUCCGUAAAGCCAAGAUUGAGAUCCUGCUGUGUAAAUCAGAGAACUUCAACAGCAUCAUGUCCAGCAAAAAAUCCGACCGCCCCAAAUCCGCCGAGGAAGAGAUCAAGAUCUGA